AGCAAAGCAGAGGAGAGAGGUGGCGAAAAAAAAAGCAGUGAAAUGGUGUAAAAGCUGAGCCAGUCCAACCCGAGUCAGGGGACCACCGAGGAGGACCGACGCAGGAGGAUUAUUGUGCUUUGCGUAAUUAUUGUUAAAGUCAGUAAACUCCCGCUUUUUGAUGCUGUCCUCACGGAGGUUUGAGCCCAUAACGGACUUAUUGGUCGGCUGAACCAUGCAGAGGCUGCUGCUCCUGAGUUUGGUGUUGAGUUUUCAAACUGUGUGGACAGCGAGGUUCUCUCAGGAGCCAGCAGACCAGUCGGUGGUGCGGGGCCAGAGGGUGAUCCUGUCCUGUGUUGUCUUCAACUACUCGGGCAUUGUUCAGUGGACCAAAGAUGGCCUGGCUCUGGGCAUCGGAGAAGAUCUGCAGGCCUGGCCCAGGUACCGUGUGCUGCGUGUGCAGGAGUUGGGGCAGUACAACCUGGAGAUCCUGUCAGCUGAUCUGUCCGAUGACUCCCUGUAUGAGUGUCAGGCCCCUGAUGCUGCGCUGAGGUCCAGGAGGGCCAAACUCACCGUCCUCAUCCCCCCAGAUGACCCAUUUAUUGAUGGGGGUCCGGAGGUGUUGCUGAAUGCGGGGGAGUCCUACAAUCUGAGCUGUGUGUCUCGAGGGGCUAAGCCGCCUUCUAUGAUCGAGUGGCUUAAAGAUGGUCUGCCUGUGGAGGGGGCCGCCAGCACCACUGAGGUGCUUCCAGACAGGAAGAGAGUGACCACACGUAGCUACCUGCCAAUCCAGCCCGUUGAUACGGACACGGGGAGGAACUACAGCUGUGUGGCCACCAACCUGGCUAUUCCCACGGGCAAAAGCACAACCGUCACCCUCAACGUUCACCAUCCACCGACAGUGACCUUGUCCAUUGAGCCUCGCUCUGUCCUGGAGGGGGAGAGAGUCACCUUCACCUGCCAGGCUCACGCCAACCCUCCUAUUAUGGGCUACAGGUGGGCUAAAGGUGGCGUGGUGCUGCAGGGUGCCAGGGAGAGUGUGUUCACCACCAAGGCAGACCACUCUUUCUUCACCGAGCCCGUCUCCUGUCUGGUUUUCAACGCUGUGGGAAAGACCAACGUCAGCAUCCUGGUGGACGUUCACUUCGGUCCAAUCCUGUUGGUGGAGCCGCAGCCAAAAACAGUCGAUGUCGACUCUGAUGUCACCCUCAACUGCAAAUGGGCUGGAAACCCUCCGCUCACGCUCACUUGGUUCAAAAAGGGUUCAAACAUGGUUCUGAGUAACAGCAACCAGCUGUAUCUGAAGUCGGUGAGCCAGUCGGAUGCCGGCCAGUAUGUAUGUAAGGCCAUCGUCCCACGGAUUGGAGUAGGAGAGACUGAGGUCACGCUCACAGUCAACGGUCCUCCCAUCAUCUCCAGUGAUCCAGUCCAGUAUGCAGUAAGAGGGGAGAGAGGAGAGGUGAAGUGCUACAUAGCCAGUACGCCUCCUCCAGAUAAGAUUGUGUGGGCGUGGAAGGAGAACGUGUGGGAGAAGGAGAAGGGGACGCUCCUGGAGAGGUACACGGUGGAGCAGAGCAAAUCGUCCGCCGAGGGCGGCGGCGUCCUCUCUACCCUCACCAUCAACAACGUGAUGGAGUCUGACUUCCUGUCCACCUACAACUGCACGGCCUGGAACUCGUUCGGCCCCGGCACCAUGAUCAUCACCCUGGAGGAGACUGAGGAGGUCCCAGUGGGAAUAAUCGCUGGUGGGACGGUCGGCUCUACCAUCCUCUUGUUCAUCUUUCUGCUGGUCCUCGUUCUUAUCUUCUACCGGCAGCGCAAAGGCAGUCGGCGUGGGGUCACGCUGGGUAAGCCCGACAUCAAGGUGGAGACGAUAAACAAGGAGACCCACAGCUUAGAGGAGGACUCCGGCAGUGUGUCCACGGCUUCGCGCAUGGUCAAGGCCAUGUACUCGUUUCUCCCCUCUGUGUCCUUCUCUCCUUCUAAUCAGCCCUUUAAAGAUGACAUAGAGCUCAAGUCUGACCUCCGCAGCGACACCCUGGACACCCGCCAGGAGUACGACCUAAAGGACCCCACCAAUGGCUACUACAAUGUUCGAGCCUCCACCCACGAUGAAGGCCGCCCUGCAUCCCGCUCCACCAUGCACUACUCUGACUACCGCUCCCCUGCGGGAACACCGGGGGGAGCUGCAUCAAUCAGCAGCAGCGCCGGCGGCUCAGGAGCCACGGCCAGCGGAGGAGCCCCCGGUCCCCCCGGACCCCUUACCUCCCCUGGCCGCCCCCAGGCCUGCUAUGACCCCCGACCCCCAUCCAGACUGUCCCACAUCAGCUAUGCCCAGUUCAACACCUUCACCCGUGGGGGCCAGAGCCAGCAGCCCCCUGCCAACCCCGCCCCCCCAGCCAGCGACUUCCCAGGGGAAUGCAGCCUCCUGGACUCCACUUCUCAGCUGGCCUACGACAACUACGGAUACCCCUCGCAUUACCAGACCUACCGCAUGGGAUUCGCCCCAUCCAGCUUGGCCCCGCUGGAGGCUGGCCCAUCCUAUGAGAUGUACGGGGUGGGAUCUGGGGUGGGGGGCCCUGGAGUCGGGGUUGGUCCUGGGGGCCCAGCUCCCUCGGGAUCAGAGACUGGACUAGGGAAGUACGGCAGCUCCACUCGCUUCUCCUACACCUCGCAACACUCUGACUACUCCCACAGCCGACACACACAGAGGAUGCAGACUCACGUGUGAGACAGAGACGCGUAACCACCUCACAGUCUUAGCUGAGCAUGAGGAAGCAUCUUAUAAAUAGCGUCACACCUAUAAACACACACAAUCACAGAUUUACACGCACACAUUUUCACACACCAACACACCCUACUGUACACAAACUGCGGAAGACAAAAAAAACAUCACACACAUACACACCCAUG